AUGAGUCUAUUGAAUUCAGUCAAGGACUAUGUCAAACGACAUCGACGCGGUUUAUUCAUUACGGCCACGAUAGCCGGUGGUGGCUACCUUGCAGGGCGCUAUGCCACUGGGAAAAUCAGAGAUCUGCAAGAAAAGGCUUCAGCAGAGCGAAUGAGUAGGGAAAGCCUCAAACGUCGCUUUAACCAGAAUCAGAAUGAUUGCGUUUUCACCGUCCUUUCUUUACUGCCAGCAUUGGGCGAUCACAUUCUUCACGAUAUGAAUAUUGAAGCUGCUUGGGCCAAACUUCAGGAAUCUCGAAAACUGGAGAAAUUGGAGGAGAAACGCAAAGCGCAAAGACCAACGGUGGAAAGUGAACAACAAGGAACUCCAGCAGAAGUUCAGCCCAAGGGAUCCGACAAUGUUGAUACCGCUGACAAGCCUGCAACAAAAGAUGAAUCUGCGCCAUCCUAUGCUGCAGUAGCUAGCGCUCAAGCGGAUACAGCCGAAAAGCCCGCAACAACAGACGAAUCUGCGCCUUCUUAUGCUGCAGUAGCUAAUACCGAAAUAAAUACAGAAGGAGCAAGCCAUUCGGAAGUGCAUCCACCUGCUAAAGAAAAAAAUAUCUCGACAGAGAUGACCGAGCAACAACAAGACGCGAAAACGCGGGACCGUGCUACUGCGACCGGAGGAGAAUUGGAUAACAGUAUCGGUAGCCUUGUCAGCUCUUUCCAUGGCGAAGACCCUGCAUCGUUACCGAUACCUGGUAUCCUCGAUAAAAAGGCCAAGUACUUGCUGUGGGAAGAGAUCAAAACCACCAGUUUCACUCGUACAUUGACAGCCAUUUACUCCGUAACACUGCUGACAUUGUUAACACACAUUCAACUUAAUCUUUUGGGACGGUUUAUGUAUAUGUGGUCUGUUUCUGUCCUGCAAAAUACCGAGCCAAGCAUACGUCUUCAGCCUGACAGGGACAGUCCACAAAACGGUUUUCUGGAUCCACAGACCGAACGCAUGUAUUUGAGCGCCAGCUGGUGGUUGAUUCAUCGAGGAUGGAAACGCUGCUCCGAAAAAGUCAAAGAGGCAGUAGACGAUAUUGUGGGCAGCAUACCAUUGAAGAGCACUCUUUCUUAUAAUGAUGCCGACGCCAUCAUUAGCCAGCUCCGCGCACGAAUUGAGUAUGACCAAAGAACUCACAGACCUAUCAAUUUCCGAUCAUUUAUGCUUCCUGACAACGAAGAGGAAGAGGCUGAAUUAUUGCGAGAAGCAGGAUUUACAGAGGGUGACACCGGCGUAGAUAUGACUGCAUUGCGCCGAUUAUUAGAUGAAACGAGGGAUUUCAUUGACAGUCCUGAUUUCUUGUCUGUCUUGACUUCAUGUUUGGAUGAAGUGUUUGCUAUUUUUGAUCGACAUGCGCUGGCCAAAAAUCUAGCGCCGAUUGUUGACCCCAUGGUUGCAAACUCGAGUCGGAUAGAGGAGAUUCCAGCUGAUAGUGUCCUCCAGCAACCCUCCGUGAAGAAACUCACAUUGGCCAAUCUUUUACCUUCCAUUAGCCGACAGGCUCAUCUUGUCAUUGCUGGCAAUGAAUAUUUGAAUGCAUUUGCGUAUAUCAAAGAGUUGCAAGCAUUCUCUGCUUUUGUCUAUACGCAUUACGAUGAAGAAAUGACAGCGCCAUAG